UGGGGAGCAGAAAGGGGCUACAGGGAAGUAGGCUGCAGUCACUGCCUGGCAGAAGGGUGGCAUGGUUGGGACUACAGAGGCUAGUCCACAGUUACUCCCUGGGAGGUGGGAGUUUGGGCUGGCAAACCCAGGGAAGUGGGGAGAGCCAGCAAGGUAGGAGAGGCUUGGGGGAAAGGCAGCAAAGUCUGGGAUAGGUCAGAGGGCCCCUGAGGUGGAGCCUGGAGUAGAGGGAGGCCUGGGUUCCCCUCCCAGCCACUGGGGAAAUGGAUCUGAUGAGGUAGUGCAAAGCAGGCUGCCUGGAACAGUUUGCCCCAAAAGCCUUUGAUAUCCCAGAAGGGGAGGACCAUAGUGGCCUGGCUGCAGGACCAAGUCACAAAUAGGAAGCUGCAGCUCCUGGAGCAAGAGGGGCUGCAGGGUGAGAGAAUGAGAUAAGCUGAAAGACUUCCAGAGGAGGCCACCUGGGAAGUGCUAAUCCCUGGAGUGGCCAGGAGGAGGCUCCUCUAGUGGCCUAUAAGAUCUCCUGUGGCGAGGUGUACCUGAGCCAGAUCCUCCGCAGCUCACAGCCGCAUCUGUCCAGCACCAGCAAGGAGGAUGUCUGAGAAAUUUGAAAUCUUCAACCUGGACUUGAAAGCAGGGAGCACCCUGAAGAUAAAGGGCAAGGUCUCCAGUGAUGCUGAGAACUUUGCGAUUAACCUUGGCAAGAGCGCUAAUGAGCUGGGGCUGCACUUCAACCCUCGCUUCAAUGAAUCCACCAUCGUCUGCAACUCCAAAUGCGCCAACUGCUGGCAGUCGGAGUACCGCGACAGCCACCUGCCCUUCUCCAGGGGCUCGGAGGUCAAGUUUAUCAUCAGCUUCCUGGGAGACAAGUUCAGGGUGAAGCUGCCGGACGGGCACGAGGUGGAGUUCCCCAACAGGCACAACUACGACAAGAUCAGCUAUCUGGGUGUGAAGGGCGGGUUCAAAGUCAUCUCCUUCAAACAAGAUUGAUGGGACCUGCUUCCCUCCUCUAAUAAAAACCCCACAUGAGGGGUCUUUUUGUCCCAAC